ACUAAGAAACAAUUUGUCAAUAUCGCAAUGAGAACAGUGUCAGGAUUGUAGCAAUUGUCCAUUGUUAUUAUCUCGCGUAACGAUGUCAUCGAACGAAGAAAAAGCAGCGAAGUUAAUCCAGGAAGCCGAAAAGAAGUUGCAGGCGUCAAAGGGAUUUUUCUCGUCGCUUUUCGGUGGCACCACAAAGGUUGAGGAUGCUAUCGAAUGUUAUACAAGAGCAGCUAAUAUGUAUAAAAUUGCCAAGAAUUGGGAAGAGGCCGGGAGUUCUUUCUGUAAAGCGGCCCAACUUCAUGCUAAGGGUGGAUCUCGUCAUGAUGCUGCAACUAAUUAUGUAGAUGCUGCUAAUUGUUAUAAGAAAACUAACGCGGAUGAGGCACAAACAAAUCUUUUACGUGCAAUAGAAAUUUAUACAGAUAUGGGUAGAUUUUCAAUGGCAGCAAAGCAUCAUCAAACGAUUGCAGAAAUUUAUGAAAAUGAUUCUGCUAACUACGAAAAAGUGGUACAACAUUACGAACAAGCUGCAGAUUAUUAUAGAGGUGAAGAGAGUAACUCGUCUGCAAAUAAAUGUCUAUUGAAGGUGGCUCAAUAUGCUGCUGAACUGGAAAACUAUGAAAAAGCAAUAAAUAUAUACCAACAAGUGGCCUCGUCAUCUUUAGAAAGCUCUCUACUUAAGUACAGUGCUAAGGAAUAUUUGUUCCGCGCCGCGCUGUGUCAUCUAUGUGUUGACUUGCUGAACGCUCAGCAAGCAUUGGAUCGGUACGUGAAGAUGUACCCUGCCUUCCAAGACUCCCGUGAGUACAAAUUGGUUUGUACAUUGAUAGAACACAUGGAAGAACAAAAUGUUGAUGGAUUUACUGAUGCUGUGAAGGAGUAUGAUUCAAUUUCGCGCCUGGAUCAGUGGUAUACAAUGAUAUUGCUGCGUAUCAAGAAACAACUCAAUGAUAACCCGGAUUUACGUUAAACCCAAAGUCUCUUAGAAUUGGAGAAAUGCGGCGAAAAAUUUCGAUUGGACGCUCAUGUUCCAGUUCCAAUUGAAAUUUUUGUCCCUUCCUUUCUUAUUAAAAUAUCCGGUAUUUAUUAUUAUUAUUAUUACGGUAAACUCGAGGUUAAUUGCUUUCAACUAACUUGUAAACAUGAUUAGAGAUAAAUUAGUUAAAAUCAAUUAGUCACGAAACAACCAUUAUCGAUAUAAUUACGAUGAGGUUCGUUAUACAAGGAUGUAUAGGAACCGUUUUACGAGUAUAGUAGCGGUAGCGUUGUCGAGGGUUAUUGUUUUCUCUGUAUAAAAUAUUGUUGUUGUUUCUUUGGAAAUAUAAUUGAUUACUAAACACCUGUGAUGUGAUCGUUUCGAUUGUUUUCCACCGAUCGUUUUUUUGCCUUGACUUUUAAUUCGUUGCUCGUUUUUUAUACAUUUUAUAACGACUGUACCGCAGUAUGCCCGUGUAAACUAUUACCGUAGCAUUCCUUAGGAUACGAGCGCCGUCAAAACCGUGCACCGCAUUCCUGUCCUUAUUUCAAAAAAAAAUUACUAACUACGCAUAGUAUGAGUACGAAAAGUAGACUUAUAAACAUGGACGGCCACUGCCGAUGCUUCCGCGGACGAAUCUGUACGCUUAAAACAAUGCGCCACAUUGCUGAGUUGCAUCAUACAUUAUUAAAUUCUUAUAUGCGUCUUAUAUCUAGAAUAAUAGAUCUUUUGUUAUUAUUGUUAAUAUAUUUUAUUUAAUAUACAUAAUAUUCCAAAGCUAAAUAAAUUACAAAUACUUGUUUAAAACAGCUCAGACUUGUACAAUUUAAAUCAUGAUUAUAUAGUUGCGUUAUCAUUAUACCAUAACUAAGUCAUGAAUAAAACGUUAAGGUCACAUAACUAGCCUAGUUAUAUAAAUAUAAAACAACGAGUACUUAUCAUUGCAAUGUGAAUCAUUGUUUUAAGGUAGAAAAGGUUGUAAAGACGGUCUCGCCUGAAUUGGUGGGGGAACGUAAAAAGAAAAUAUAUUCGUUCGACUGGC